AUGUUAGGUAUCAAGUAUUUCAAACGUCCAACUGUUUCGCCUACCCUUUCCAACAACCAACAAUCGACAACCCCCACCAUUUCAAAGGGUGACCUCGAAGUCAAGACCAAUGAGCUACAAUGGGGUUCAUGGAAGGACUACGACUGCGUUAAAACCGCGGGACUCGGCGAACGUUCAGACGAGAACUCGGUCAUAGCCUUGUACAACAAGCACGGCUUCCUAGUCGGUAACGUCAAUGCCUGCAACCCGAUGGGGCAGGCCUGCCAGACCCUAAUGAUCGAGCUGUGGAGGAGAUAUGACGCACUCAAAGCCCAGUUAUUCAACAACAAGCCUGUCGAGGGCAUUUUUGUUACUCUGUUCAAGCUGGACCCGAACUUCUUGCUCCUCUAUGAACACAAUAGGAUUGAACGUCGCAUUUAUGCGAGCCAAACUAUCGGAUACCAGUGCCGGACCGUGUUGGACAAGGGCGAUACUCAAAGGGCAAUCUUCGAGCUUUCGUAUCGGCCUGAUAAACGUCGCUGCGUGCCGGUUUUUUACACAGCUUCUCGGGCUUAG